GCCCACGCCCACGCCCAUCUUUGCGUUUCUUUUUUUCUCGUUUGUGAGGUCGGGCAGAAGACGAUCGAAGAAGAAGGAGGAAUCAUCCCCCCACCCCACCAGUUUAGCCCUGCGAACUGCAGCUGAGCGAGGCGGAGGAGGGAGCUUGGGAGCGCGCGCGCGCCUCUGAGGUGUUUUUUUGGGACGACAUCGUCGACCUCAAUUUCGGAUCAGGUGCCACUCGUGUACGGUUCUCACGCAAGAAACCUUUCGGUGUGGAGCAAAUAUGGGAGACGGCACGGAAGUCGAUGAGCGGGUUGACCUGGAUGAAGAUAAUUACAUGGAAGAAGAAAUCGAUGAUGACAUCGAAGAGCAGCAGGACGAGGAUGCAGGAGACGGGGCCGAUGAAGAUAAUGCGGAUGAUGAUCCUGAAGAAAUCGAGGACUCCAAAGAAGAUGGGGUUGCUGGAGAGGACCAAUCCCCGGACACGGACACAAGUCCUGCUGUCGCCAAUCCCGUUGAGGAUGAAGAAAGGCCGGCUGUGUCCUUGAGUGCUGAGGAGAUAGAGAAGCAUGCUCAAAUUCUUGCCCUUCCUCCUCAUGGAAGCGAGGUUUUUAUUGGAGGCCUCCCGCGGGAUAUUUUGGAAGAAGAAUUAAGGGAUCUAUGUGAACCAAUUGGAGAAAUUCAUGAGAUUAGGUUAAUGAAGGACAAGGGCACUGGUGAGAGCAAAGGUUAUGCUUUUGUAGCUUAUCGGACACGGGAAAUGGCACAGAAAGCCAUUGAGGAAUUGCAUAGUAAAGAGUUCAAGGGUAAAACAUUGAGAUGUUCACUGUCAGAAACUAAGAACAGGUUAUUCAUCGGUAAUGUUCCCAAGUCUUGGACAGAAGAUGAGUUUAGAAAAAUCAUAGAGGACGUUGGACCGGGGGUUGAAAACAUAGAGCUGAUAAAGGAUCCUCAAAAUCCUGGUCGUAAUCGUGGAUUUGCUUUCAUUUUGUACUACAAUAAUGCAUGUGCUGACUAUUCAAGGCAAAAAAUGGCAAGUUCUAAUUUCAAGCUGGAUGGGAAUACCCCUACUGUCACAUGGGCUGAUCCAAAGAGUGCACCUGAUCACUCUGCUGCAUCUCAGGUGAAGGCUCUUUAUGUGAAGAACAUCCCUGAUAAUACCACUACUGAACAACUUAAGGAAAUAUUCCAGCGUCAUGGAGAAGUGACAAAGGUGGUCAUGCCACCUUCGAAAUCUGGGAGUAGCAAACGGGAUUUUGGCUUUGUUCACUAUGCUGAAAGGUCAAGUGCAUUAAAGGCUGUCAAAGAUACUGAGAAAUAUGAAAUUGACGGACAUGCAUUGGAGGUUGUCCUUGCCAAGCCUCAGACUGAGAAGAAAACUGAUAGCUUGAGUAUUGGGGUUCAGGCUAGCCAUCUUCAAAAUCCUGGCUAUGGUGGUUUUAUUGCUAAUCCGUAUGGAUCUUUGAACACGGGAUAUGGUGUUUCUGCCAGUUUACAGCAGCCGGUGAUAUAUGGUAGGGGACCAAUGCCUUCGGGGAUGCAUAUGGUGCCAAUGGUUCUGCCAGAUGGUCGAAUAGGCUAUGUUUUACAACAACCUGGUGUACAAAUGCCGCCACCUCGGCCUCGGAGAGUUGAUCGGAACAAUGGGACUGGUGCACAGCCAGGACGAGGGAGUGGUGGGGAUGAGGGCAACCGAAACAGAAGAUAUCGACCCUACUAGGAUUGCAGGUGAUGAUGGUUUUUGUUACUGGUGGGAUGGAUGACAGAUUGGGUAUAUGGAUAAAGAGAAGGCCAUGGAUGACGUAAGUUGUGUCCAUUUGACUUGCCAGAUGUAAGAGAGCGGCUAAUGUCCUACAUCAUCCAGUUUCCCGAGGAAUGGAAGUUAAUCAUUCUCGAUUGAUGUAAUAUCACUUUACUUGGUAGUAGGAUUUGUGUCCAAAAAGAUCAUUUAGCAGCGUCCCGCAGAUACAAGAAGUCUGACAGAUUCAAGAAAUUUUUUUUUUUCUUGUUUCCUUUUUUAUUUUGGAGGGGGGAACAGAUGCAUAGCCGAGUCAAAGUAGAAUUAGGCGACGUGAAGUUUAAGAUCUUGGUGUUGCUAAAGAGGGCUAUGCCUAGAAUUUAGGGUGGGGUGGGGUGGGGUGGGGUGGGGUGGGUUGUUCUGGUUUUAGUUCUUCCGGGAGAAAGUGAUCAGCUGGACUUUAGUGUUUGCCUUUUCGGCUGGUUUAUUUCAGAGUGGAGACAAAAAUAGCGCCGGCCCUUUUUUCAUGUGGUAA